AUGGUUCAAGACCAUCCUGCUCGGAUACUAGCUGAUACCGGUGCUGGUUUGUCCAUAGUCUCAGAUUCUUUCAUUAGUAAGUACCAAAUACCCACAAAACCCAUAAAAACAAGAUCGAUCCAUGGUGUCACCGGGCACCAACUCUCCAUCAAUAGUUCUGCGAGCAUGCAGGUAUCUAUUGGUACACACAAUCUGGGUGUGGUCGAAGCUUCAGUGGCCGACACUGCGGACUAUGACCUCAUCCUGGGGUUCACUGAGCUACGGAGGCUCAAACCCACCAUACAAUGGGAUACGGGCCAGCUGGAGUUCAAGACUCAGGAGCAGGACCGACCCCCUAGGAGACCCCCUGAAGCAGCAAGAGCAGGGGACCUAACCAUGAGGAGACCAACCCUUCAUGGUAACGAGUUUGUCUCAGCAGAGCGCAUACUACGAGCAGCUCUGGAAGAUGGACCCAUAGGGUUCAUGCUGUUAGAGGAGCCACCAUCAUCACUCCCGGCCUUUGGUUUUGUACCUACAGGCGCAGACAAAGGAGUCGAGAUGGAGGUGGAGGUAGAUAAGGUGGUGACGGCUGCAGACAUACCAAAGCCAUACCAACACCUGCGAGAUGUGUUUGAUGAGGUGGAAGCAGACAAGCUGCCCCAUCAUACCGAGCAUGAUCUCCACCUCGAGUUGAUAGAAGGAGGUAAGCCACCUCAAGGGCCCCUAUACCUUAAGGGACCCAAGGAGAUGUCCGAGUUGAGGAGAUACUUGGAUGAGAACCUCGAGAAGGGGUUCAUAAGACCAUCGAAGAGCCCGGCACGAUCACCAGUGCUCUUCGUACCAAAGAAGGAUGGAGGUCUCAGACUCUGUGUGGACUACAGAGGUCUCAACGAGAUCACUGUCAAGAACAGGGCACCAUUGCCCCUCAUCGAGGAGCAGCUGUUCUUACUCAGGAAGGCAAGGAUCUAUACCAAGCUAGACCUUAGAGCAGCAUACAACCUCAUCCGGAUUGCUAAAGGAGAUGAAUGGAAGACAGCUUUUGGCACUCAGUUGGGACUCUAUGAGUACCUAGUGAUGCCCUUUGGCCUAGCCAAUGCUCCGGCUCACUUCCAGUCAUUCAUCAAUGACAUCUUCCGAGACAUCAUUGGAGAAUAUGUAGUGGUAUACUUAGAUGACUUCCUGAUCUUCAGUGACACUGAAGAGGUACAUGUGAAGCAUGUCACCGAGGUCCUCACUCGCUUAAGGAGCAACAGGCUCUUUGCUAAGCUGUCGAAGUGUGAGUUCCACACCAAGACAGUCGAGUUCCUGGGGUACAUCAUCAAGCCAACGGGCAUAGAGAUGGACCCAGAAAAGGUGCGCACUGUCAAGGAGUGGCCAAUGCCAGAGUCAAUCCAUGACAUCCAGAGGUUCCUGGGUUUUGCCAACUUCUAUCGAAGGUUCAUAGCCCACUUUGCUCACAUAGCCAAGCCCUUGACAGCACUGGUAAAGCCUAUAGAACGGUUCAAGAAGCUCGAGCUACCAGAGGAGGCCCAACAGGCUUUCCACAAGCUCAUCCAGGCCUUCACAUCAGCAGGAGUGCUUCAGCACUUCGACUACCACCUUCCAACAAGGUUGGAGACUGAUGCAAGUGACUUUGCUAUAGCAGGAGUGCUCAAGCAGGAGCAUGAAGGACGAUGGCAUCCAGUGGCCUUCUACUCUAGGAAGAUGUCUUCUGCCGAGAAGAACUAUGAGAUCCAUGAUAAGGAGCUCCUAGCUGUGGUCGCCUGCCUCACUCAGUGGCGACACAUGCUAGCUGGACUACCGAACCAACUGGUCAUCCUCACUGACCAUGAAGCCCUCAAGUACUUCAAGUCACAGAGACGCAUCACAGGUCGACAGGCUCGAUGGGCCAUACUACUAGCAGACUUCGACUUCAUAUUGCAGUAUCGACCAGGAGACAAAGGUGGUGAACCCGAUGCUCUCACCAGAAGGACAGACAUGCAACCAGCUGGUGAAGAGCAGGAUCACAAUGUGAGGCAACUACUGCCUCCUCGAGUGUUCAAGGAGACAGCAGACCAUGACUCGCUCCUAGUAGCCCCCAUGACCUCGAUGGAGUCCAUAGCAUCAAAAGGUCUCAAAGACCUGGUCAAGAUCUUCCAGCCUUUAGACCAAGAGCUACAGGAGAUACAUAGGAAGAAGCCUUUCGAACUCAAGGAUGACCUAUGGUACAGUGGAGGAAGGUUGGUUAUCCCCAAGGUGAUCAUGCCAGGGAGGACCAACAACCGACACUCAAGGAGUGCCAAAGAGGUAGAUGGACAGUCUCUCUCUGUAGAGCAUCUGCGAUUCAUGGUGAUGACCCAAUGCCAUGAUGGUAUCACUGCUGGACACGUAGGAAGAGAUGCUACCAUCAAGGCAGCUCAACGACAUUACUGGUGGCCAAACAUGACAGCUUGGAUUGCAGACUAUGUAGCAAGUUGUCCUGUAUGUGCUAGAUACAAAGCUCCUCGUCAUCGUCCAUAUGGUUUGCUACAGCCGCUAGCAACCCCAGACAGGCCCUGGGGCUCCAUAUCCCUCGACUUCAUUGAAGGACUACCACCAUCAAAGAAGUAUGACUCCAAGACCUAUGACUCUAUCCUAGUCAUCGUCGACAGGUUAACCAAGUUUGCCAUACUAGCUCCAACCCAUAAGACAGUCACAGCCAAACAGACUGCAGUAUUGCUAUAUGGACACAUGGUUAGACUCUUCGGAUAUCCAGAUCACAUGGUCUCGGACCGAGGCAGGCAGUUCAUAUCAGGAGCAUGGAAGGCAUUUGCAGAGCAAAUGGGUGUGAAGCACUCACUUAGCACGGCUUACCAUCCUCAAACUGAUGGUCAGACAGAGAGAGUCAAUCAGGUCAUAGAGCAAUAUCUCAGGAUGUACUGCAACUAUGAGCAGAAUGACUGGGCCAACCUGCUGGACACUGCGGCCUUUGUAUACAACAACACGGUCCACAACAGCAUUGGUGUCUCACCAUUCUUUGCAUGCUAUGGAUGGAACCCCAAAGCUCAUCCUGACAUCCCUCAACGACUAGGAGUCAAUGAUCCAGGUCGCUUCGAGUACCUCAUGGAUGGAAAGGAGCGUUGCAAGUACCUCCAGGAGCAGAUCAGAGAGGCACAACGUAGAUCAGUAGACCAGUAUAACAGGAAGCACAAGGACAUUGAGUUUAAGGUGGGUGAUAUGGUCUAUAUCAACCGCCGAAACUGGAAGACACGGAGACCCACACCCAAGUUGGAUACCCGGUUUGCAGGACCCUACCCAGUUCAGGAACGAGUAGGACGCCGAGCUUACCGGAUCACAUUGCCAGCAAACCUUAGGGUGCAUGAUGUGUUCCAUGUCUCCAUGCUCGAGCCAGCAAGAACAAGUUCUCUUCCUCAACGUGCUGAACAGCCCACCAUGCCACCACUUCCAGAUGAGGACCUCGACUUCGAAGUCGAAGCACUCAUCGACAAGCGUUCAUACAAUGGGACUACAGAGUACAAGGUGUUGUGGAGAGGGUACUCAGAAGAAGCUGCUUCAUGGGAACCAGUAGAGAACCUCAACUGUCCCGACCUCAUCCAGGAGUAUGAGGUGUCGGAGGGGGGACGAGUGAGUAGACAGAGUGGAGAGAGGAGGAGAGAACAGGAGGAGUAG